AUGUCAUUGUACUGGCAGGUUCAGCAUGGCAUUUCCUACCGAAACUUCCCCUCCAUGUUGAAGAUGAUGCGGACGAUAGGACUGGAAAAGCUGGAGCAUUUCCAACAUGAAUCAUUGUGGUCAGUAAGAGGAAUCCUCACGACGAUGGGCAGGGUAAUAAAGGAAAAGAUCACAAAAGCUGCUAACGAAGCGAAGUGUUAUGGCCUCAUGGUGGACGAUGUUACUGACAUUCAAGUGAAAGAACAAAACAUCAUUUUCAUCCAGUAUGUGGAAAAUGCAAAUGUGCAAAUCCGCUUUUUAGCUGUCAAAGAUCUUAUGGAGGAUGCUGCGUCACCGAACGCCAAAACCAUCACUGAAAACAUUAAAGAAGAACUGGCUAAGGAUGACCUUGACGUUCAAAAAUUCCUGUGUUUGGCGUCUGAUGGAGCUUCAGUAAUGGUUGGCAAGAAUAAUGACGUAGCAGCACUGCUCAAAAGGGAGAACCCAAGACUGGUCAACGUUCACUGUAUCUGCCACAGACUGGCAUUAGCUUGUGGGGACUCCAACAACGAGGUGGAGUACAUGCUAACCAUAGAACGCCUACUGGUUCAGCUGUACAAGUGGCUCGAAAACUCCUGUGUGAAGACGGCAGCGUAUCUUAAGAUGCAAUUAAGACUUCGAGACAUGCAGCUUCCCGCUGACGAGUCUAAACGACACAAAAUUGGUCACAAACUUCAACGGGCUUGCAGAACACGGUGGCUGUCCACAGACAAAGCGGUGCUGGGGGUUUGGCAGGACUACACUGCAAUUCUGUUAACGCUCAGUGCUGACGAGUUCCGAAAUGAUGCAACUGCCAUUGGUCUACUAUCCCAGAUGAAGACCGUGAAAUUCAUAGGUAAAAAAUGAGAUUUUUAUUCUGGGUUAAGAAAGGCCUGUGUAUGUACUUAGAAGACUUUGUUAAAGUCUGAUGUUUUUAUUGACAAGUCUAGUGAACAAAUGAUUCAACGGCAUUAUGUUUCUUUUUUCUGUAGGAAGUAUUUAUAUCCUGAAGAUGAUUCUUCCUAUCCUCACAACAAUCAGCAAAUGUUUCCAAGCUGGUGUAGUUUCAUUUGCCAAGAUUGUUCCUACACUUCAGUAUGCCAAGGAACAGCUCAAGCAAAUUGCUACCAACGAGACACCUAUCGCAGUGCUAAAACAGGUACACUUUAUCAACAUGUUUUAUUGUAACUGUAAUGUAUGUAUUAUCAAUGUAGUUUUAUAAGUUGUCAAGUUGUUCUAGUGAAAAUCAGGGUGAAAACCUGUAUAUUUCUUAGUUAUCAUAACAGUUAGCGACAUAUAUAUUUAAAUAUCAAUUAUGCUAUGAGAAUAAAAAAAAACAACUACAUUAUCAGAUUUUCUGUCAUUCUUCAUGCAGGACUUGCGACCUGAAGGACGACUCCAACUUGUUUUGUAGGACUUAAGAGCAAGAGACCAGCCAGACCAGUCACUGCAAACAUCCCACCAAGAAACUCAACUCAAAAGCUUUUUGAAGAAGUAUGUUGGUGCCCUGACUGAAAACAUUGAUGCACGGUUCCAGGAGUCCUCUCCCGUACUUGAUUCCUUCAAGAUAUUUGAUUUACUUUCUGUUCCUGCAAAAACCGACGAUGGCUUCAGGUAUUGUCUACUUUGGGUACUUUGAUAUCAUGGUUUUAACAUUAAACAAAUUAGACCACUGUCUGGUUUAUGCUUUUUCAUUUACUGUUUUACAAUUUCUUUUUCUUAAAGUGAAUAUGGCUCCAGCAUGAUUAAGAAGUUGGCCGACCAUUACUUCCCAGGGCCUCAGCAUGCAGAAGACCACCAACAGCUUAUUGUGGAAUGGCAAAAGGCAAAAUAUGACCUACUGCAGUGGAAGGAAAAUGAUCUGCCACAAGCUAUUCGUCAGGGGGAAGGUUCAAUUACAGCUACUGAUUGGUGCCUAUCCAAGCUGAUG